AUGAAGUGGGGCUCCCGGGGGGCCUGCGCCGCGCUCUCCAGCUGCCUCCUGCUCGCCUGCGCCCUCAGCGCCGCCGCCGUGGGCCUCAAGUGCUUCUCGCUGGGCUCGGAGCUCAAGGGGGAGCCCUUCCGACUCGGAUCGGCCGCCGGCGCCUUCUACUCGGGGCUGCUGCUGGCCGCCGGCCUGGCCUUGCUGGGCUCCGCGCUCUUCUGCUGCCGGCAGCGGGGCGAAGAAGGGGCGGCGCCGGGGGACCCCCAGCAUCCUCCUCCUCCUCAAGGCAACGAGGUGGCCGCCGUCCCGGUGAGCGGGGAUGGCCCCCUUCCAGUGGCUCCGGUGGCUCCGAAAGCCGCGUCCCCGGGCGGCCGACAAAACUUCCUUCUGCUGGGGGUGCUGGUCUUUAUGCUGGGGGUGCUGAGCGCCUUCGCCGGGGCGGUGAUCGACGGGGACACGGUCUCCUUGGUGGAGAAGAAGUACUCCCACUACUGCCUCCUGCCUCAAAGCGGAGCGGGAGGAGGGUCUCCAUCUUCAUCCUCCUCCUCCUCCUCCUCCUCCUCCUCUUCUCUCCCUUCUGGCCCCCGAGGAAGGCCUUCUCAUGCUGCUGCUUCUUCUUCCGACGGCUCCUUCUCCUCCUCCAGUGUCGCCCUCCGCUGCCAGAAGCUCCGCGACUACCAGCGGGGCUUGGUCCUCUCCACCAUCUUCAACGCCUUGGAGUGCCUCCUGGGGCUGCUCAACCUCCUCCUGGUCAAGAACUACAAGGCCGCCCAGCAGAGGGGUCUCCGGAGGCGGAGGAGGAGGAGGAGGAGAGGAGAAGCAGCCCCGCAGCAGCAUCGCAGGAGGAGGCGGCGGCAGCGAAGGAGGGACCCCGGCGGAGCUGGGCCAUCGCAGACCCUUCCAAGGCCCAGCCAAGGCUCGCUCUUCUCCUCCGGAGAGGACCUGGACCUCUCCCCCGCUUCCUUCCCCUUCCAGGCCGUCUCCUACAUCAACGUCGGGGUCUUCCACCUCUUCGACGAGGCCGGCGUGGAGGUCCACUGCGGGGGCCACCCGUCCCUGGAGCUGCCCGGCUAUUCCCCUCGGGACCCGGAGCUGGAGGCCUCCUACCCCUACUGCUACCCUCUGCCCAACGAGCAGCCCCCGGCCUACGAGGAGAUCUACCCCCGGGAGCCCUGUGCCAACCGACUCUAGUUGGGCACGGCGCCAUGAGGAAGACCCACCUUGGCACUCCAAGGGAAGGCCCAAAGAGGGAGAUGAGGAGCAUGGAUCCACUGGGUGCCCUCCUGACUGGCAUCCCUAAGGUUGAGAGGGUGGCUGCCAGGGAGAGGACAGAGGUGGGCAGAUGCCCUUCUCCUCUGGUUGGCAGGUUGAACCUUGGCACCUCCGAACUACGCUUGAUCUUAAGGCUGACAAGCCAGAAGGAGAAACAACUCCUUUGGAUCCCUCCUUCCCCUCCAUUUCAGGCACACUUUCCCCUCUUCUCCUUCCUUGGAGAAGCCUUGAACAGAGUUUGAGAAAGUUGACCAAUGUGCUCUGCAACCUGUUGGCUUUUCCUUCUUCCCUUCCUUCUUUCCUUCCUUUCUUCCUCCAAUAUGAUCUUGUCAAGAUUUCUUUUUCUUUCCCUUCCCUCAAAUGUCACAGAGCUAAAGCUUUGGGUUCCCUCUAGUAGGGUUCCUCCUAAGGUUCUAGUAGGGUUCCUCAUAGGGAUGGAUGCUUUUGAGGAAGCUUUUGGGUUUCGCCUUCCUGGAGGCCUGAUGGAAUACUUUUUCAUCCUCUCCUUGCCCAUGUUGGUCGGU